CUCUUCUCGUCCGUUCGCUAUUCAACAUUUUGUGAUUAUUAUUCUGCCUUGCUCACUCAAUCCAUCACAAUCGCCGCUGAGAGCCUGCGUCAUACAGCCCCAACACCCACCCCACCGACGUAGUUAUUGCGCAGCGACCCUACCACGACGUGCUCUCACUGCGCAACACCCCGCAACCUGUCCCCACCAUAGUCCUUCUCUCUGCCUUCCGUUAGUCGCUCCAUACAUUUACUGUCACAAUGAACGUCAACAAGAAAUUGGGCCGCUUCAAGCAGUGGGCCGGCGAGAAGAUGGGCGGAGAGGUCAAGACAGGUGUCUCGGACGAGUUCAAAGCUCUGGAGGCCGAGAUGGACUUGAGGCAUUCUGGCCUCGAGAGGAUGCAACGGGCUAUGACAGUCUAUGUCAAGUCUCUAUCCAAACGCGCCGAAGGCGACGACAGGGAAAAGACGCUCCCUGGAGGAUACCUAGGCUCCGCUAUGGUGACACAUAGCGAAGACUUCGAGCCGGACUCGGAGUUUGGCACGUGCCUGGCUUCGCUCGGAAGGGCGAAUGAGCGAUUGUCGCGCGUGCAGGAGACCUAUGUGGGAGACGCAACGUCGGCCUGGCUGGAGGGACUGGAUCGCUCUCUUGCGCAGAUGAAGGAAUAUCAAGCGGCACGCAAGAAGCUCGAGCAGCGACGGCUAGCCUACGAUACCACCUUGGCGAAGAUGCAAAAAGCGAAGAAGGAGGACUUCCUCCUAGAGGAGGAGUUGAGAACACAGAAAGCAAAGUAUGAAGAGUCUAAUCAAGAUGUCUUCAGGCGGAUGCAGGAUAUCAAGGAGGCUGAGAUGGAUCUGGUACAGGACUUGACGGACUUUCUAGAGGCCGAGUUGUCCUACUACGAUCGGUGUCGUGAGAUCCUGCUCAACGUCAAACGCGACUGGCCAGUCAAAGACUCUCGCCGCAUCGCCCGAUCUCGAUCCAUCACAGCUCACGGAUACGCUCAACGGUUCAACCCACCGGAAGAGGAGCCGGCCCCAGAGCCACCUCGGGUAACGAUCCCACGUCUGCCUUCCCGGAACCGGUCUCCGCCUCAAGAGACGUCCUCUCCUGUGUCCCGACCACCCUAUAGUCGUACGUCCACCUACGAUAGCCCGGGUCGACUGCAACGCGAGGCGUCCCCAGCACCAAGACUUUCGCGAGUCCCCACAGAACCUACUGCCGUCCUAUCAGGUCGUGCUGGUUUGCGUCCUGUCCGUCAACCUACCAACACGUUCUCUGAUGACUACACCGAUGAAUCUGUGGCCUCAAACGGUUAUCGCCGAGAUAGAUCGCCACCAAGUCCCGCCACGAGCCAUGGCAGUGAACGUUCGCGAGCCACCAGCUACGAGACUCCAGCCUCUGCGACGACUAAGAAAGCACCUCCUCCACCUCCACCGUCGCGAGCGAAGAAGCCUCCGCCACCGCCGCCCCCAAUGAAGAGAAGUGCGCUGAGUGCGUCAGAGACGUCGCAUUAUUGAUUCCAGCCAUUGUUUCGGCUCGUCUAUCAUUGGUAGCUGUUGUGAUGUUUCGAGUUCGCAGAGGUACCGCAGGCUGAGGCACUGAAUCGAUGCCCUUAGGUCACUUUUCUCCGAUCGUCACCAUGUAACAUUAUGCGAAUGUGUUCU